GGAGCAACUCUGACCGGACUGAAGGGGCGCCAUUUUCGCUCCGGUAUCCAGCUCUAAUAAUACAUCCAUGCUUCAAAACGGCAGUUCACAAACUACUGGGUGACAUCAUGGUGGCUACUUUCUAUAUAGUCUAUGGUUGACAGGGAGCAUGGCAUGCUGCUACAGUGUGGUGGUCAGUUUUAGACAGUUUCUACCAGUUUUCGUGUAACCCUUGGGGGAAUGACCAUGGAUAUGACUUUUCUCGGGACCGGCUCGGCCUACCCGUCUCCUCACCGCGGUGCCUCGGCUCUGGUGCUGCGGACGGAGGGGGAGUGCUGGUUGUUUGACUGCGGAGAGGGAACCCAGACCCAACUGAUGAGGAGCCAGCUCAGAGCCGGCCGAAUCACCAAGGUUUUCAUCUCCCACUUACAUGGAGAUCACCUGUUUGGUCUGCCUGGUCUGCUCUGCACUGUGAGUCUCAACACCAACCCUGACCCAGAGAAGAACCUGAACUGUGUGGACAUAUAUGGGCCCCGGGGCCUCCGACACUUUCUCAGGGUGACACUUGGCCUCUCUGGGUCACAGCUGCUCUUCCCUUACGCAGUGCAUGAGCUGGAGCCCACACCUGAGCAGAGUCCAGAGGAGGGACAGCUCAGUCUGGAGAUGACCGCAGAGUGCGGUCCUCUGCACCCACAGGAGCGACCAGGCAGGACAAUCUCACUGGAUGUCUCCAGUGACUGUUACCUCCUCUUUGAGGACAAGAAGUUUGUAGUCAAAGCCUUCAGAUUGUUCCAUCGCGUCCCCUCGUUUGGUUUUUGCAUUCAGGAGCAUGAUCGCCCUGGACGACUGAAAACUGAACUACUGAAGGAACUGGGCCUGAAACCGGGGCCUCUCUAUGGCCGUCUCAAAGCUGGAGAGACCAUAACCUUGGAAAGCGGGCGUGUGGUGCUGCCUAGUGAGGUGCUGGAAGAAACCAUCCCAGGGAGGAAAGUCUGCAUUUUAGGGGACUGUAGCUCAGUUCUUGGGGAAGGACCACUGAGUUUGUGCAGAGGGGCGGACAUUCUAGUUCAUGAGGCGACUCUGGGCAACGAUCACCGAGAGAAAGCAGUGGACCAUGGACAUAGUACACCUGAGAUGGCAGCGGCAGUGGCUCGGGCUUGCGGUGCGCAGAGGUUAGUGCUAUACCACUUCAGUCAGAGGUACAAACCCAGCUCCCUGCAGACAGAAGGAGACGAGGACAACAUCUCAGAGCUCAAGAGACAGGCUGAGGAAGCUCUGCAGGACAGUGGUGUGGAAGUGACUCUGGCUGAGGACUUUCUGACUCUGACCAUUCCCCUCCGAAGACCAAGGUAAUGAACAAGCAGUUCUUAGCACCUACAAGCAGACAUUUAGCUUGACAGUUACUUCUGUUAAAUGGUCAAAUUUCCAUUUAAAAUUUAAAUAUUCCAGUAUGUAUACAAUGUCAUCACAUAUUGUGAUUUGGAAUUUGGACUAGGUUUUUCUCUCUGCAUUUCCUUUACUUUUUAUCCAGUUGACUGUUAUCAACAAACCUUUAAUUAGUCAAACAUGACAAGUAGACUGACAAAAAAAAAUCUCAACUUACCACUUAUUUGCUUGUUCAGGAGCUUUUGACCAUAUCACAGUCUUCAUCAGCAGCUGGAGUUUGCUUAGCUGCCAUGGAAAUGUAGAUGUUAACAUUUUACAUUGUUGCCCAUGUUGACUUUAAAGUUUCAUGAAUUCAUGCUUGGCCUUGGAAACAACAGUUGGUUAAAUAAUAUCUGCUCAAGGUUCAUGUACUUGCUUGCCCUGGCUUCCAAGUGUCUCAUGUGGUAUUCAUCAGCAGAUGAUACUGACUACCAAGCUUAACUUUAAUGCUAACUUAGAUGCGAUGCCCAAGUGAGGCUCAGAAACUCCCACUGCCGAUGAGGACUUUGUAAUAACUUCAAAAUAGACUCCAGAGCAAGAAAGUGGACCUUGAGCUUACUGCAUUUUUUUCAACUGCUAUUUCCACAGUUAGAAUGACUGUCAAGUUAAAUGACAAAUGAAGGAGAUAUGCGUAGCCAGUUGUUUUAUCAUUUUACCACAUUGGUUCGUGAUUCUCCAGUGAAGAAGGACCAAAAUUUUAAUUUAAAUACUAGAAAUUACCCAAGUUAAAUUGCAUGAAUAGUUAUGUCAUAGGUUUCAAUCUUACGAGUCAUUUCUGUCAGUUUUGUAAUGUCAACACACGCUGUAAUCUGACACUAAAACCACAAUCUUUCUAUAUGAAUCAGCUUAUAUCUUUUCACAGCUUCUGUGUAAUUUUAAAUGAAGGGCAUGCGAUGAUCUCUGAACCUUUUCCAGAGCUUUAUUUCUGGAUCUGUACACAAGGUAUUAAAGUACAACAGAAAAUACAAAAUAAUGUUUAACAAAAGAAAAAAAAACAACUCAAUGUUUAUGUACAAUUCUUAUAAACAAUAAAGAUAGCUUCUUGAACAUUUCUCAUAA